UUUGAUACUUGAAUAUGAUUCUAUAAACCGACCACGUCAGUGUAACUAGUGAUAGUGACAAAUGUUAUCCUCUCAAAUAUGUUUUCGGACUAAAUUUUACCAAGAAAUUGAACACAUAAUUAUAUCGACAUAUUAAUCAAAGGUUGCCAUGGACGCUACUCUUGGAUGCGAGCUCAGGACACUCAUGUUCUGCUUUCUGGCACUAGUCAGCUGCACACUCUACUGGUGCCACACAUGUCAGGCGUACCACGUGACAGCCUGGAGCAAAAAAUACAAAGUGUUUCGUAUUUUCGCCUCCUCUGAAGAGAAUGUCCAGCUAAUCCACGACCUGGGUCACACGUAUAACCUUGAUCCAUGGCGCGAUGUUUACAGAGCCAAUCAAACUGGCGACUUUCUGGUGAGACCAAACUAUGUCGAUGACGUCAUUCACAAGCUGACAGAGAACCGGAUAGACCACGAGAUAAUUAUCCACGACGCCGAAAGUUUCCUACACGAGAAUACCAGGUCUCAGAGAUUUCCCAGAGAUGUAACAGAGACAUUUGAACAGAGAUAUAGAAGUAAAUACUUGACUUACCCAGAGAUCUUGAGAUUUCUCCAGUAUGUCAAUACGUCAUCCAAUGUCAACAUUCAAGUCGGAUCUAUAGGAAAGUCAUUCGAAGGCAGAGACAUGCCUUUUAUUAAGAUUCAAUCGAAUGACAGCUGGCCUGGUAAGAGGACAAUAUUCAUCGAUGCUGGAGUCCACAGCCGUGAGUGGAUUUCCCCUGCAAUGGCAGUAGAGAUCAUACACAGGCUUGCAUUGAACACAGAGAACGAUAGAGCUGUAAACAAACUUCUGGAAAUGUUUGAUUGGCUGAUCGUGCCCCUGGUCAACCCAGACGGAUACGUCCAGACCUUUUCAAAGGGGCUGGAAGGAAGAAUGUGGAGAAAGAACAGGAACAAACGCUAUUCAACAAACCCUCUUUGUUAUGGUGUAGACCUCAACAGAAACUUUGGUUUUCAAUGGAACAACAGUCCUGAACAUGGAGGCAGCUCGAAUCCUUGCAGCGGAACAUUUUCUGGUCCACGAAGCUUUUCAGAACCGGAAACACUCAACAUGGGGCGUCUGUUGCUAAGCAACAAAGAUCACAUAGCUGGGUACAUUUCUUUCCAUAGCUUCGGCCAGUUCUUCCUCUACCCAUGGGGAUUCAGUAGCGAUGUAAAUAUAGAAGACGAGCCAGAUUUGCAUCAUGUAGCUUCUGCGUUUGUUGACCGAAUGAAAAGAAAAGAUUAUAUCUACAAUCUUGGAGGCUCCGCCAAGACUUUAUAUCCUGCAGCCGGUGGUUCCGACGACUAUGUCAGGGGCGUGGUCGGGGUGAAAUAUGCCUACACCGUGGAGCUUCCUCCUCACGAGAACUCUCGCUACGGCUUCCUUCUUCCGGAAAAGGAAGUCAAAUCAGUGGUGUCAGACACAUGGGAAGGACUCAAGUCGUUCGCCUUCCGACUUCAACAGCACACCAGGGCGACGCCUUUCAACACCACCAAGUUCAGACCUGUCACCAACGCCAGUGACCAACAAAAAGAUCUACUUGAAGAGGUUUCCUACAGGACUAUACAAAACGCUUUAAAAGGCAAUUUCAUGGACACCUUACUGAAUUCAAUGACUUCAGAAAAGCGAUACAACAGAUACAGGAAGUCGCGCGCUAGAACUAACAAGAAAAUCAGACUACAUCUUAGUUCCAAAACUAAUUAAAGACACACUUCUUGUUAGUUUGAUAAUUCUAGGUAUUUGGUAUGUCUGGUUUUAUGUUGUUUUCGGGAGUUUUCUUUGCUGGUUUUCAUGUAUUAAUAACUACAUAUGUUCGCUUUAAUUUGGCGGUGUUCAAGAAUUUAUGGAUUUGGGGUGUGUGUGUCGUUUGAUUGUAGCCAUUCAGUUGGAAGAAAUUUAGACGCUUUGUUUAACUAUUGAUAUAUAAAUAUAUACAUAUAUAAAAGAAUACAGGUAUAUAUUCUAUGGAUACUUGUGGGUUAUAGGGCCUACUUCAAUAUGAUCCAUUUUAUAUUGGUUCAUCGUUAUUAGAGAAUGUGAUUGCCGAACGGCAGGUCGUUGUGCUGGCCACAUAACACACUCGUUAACCUUGGGCCACAGUGCAAAUGACAUUAACAUCAUCUAAAGAUCACAUGGUCUAACAUGGGAACUUUGCUUGAAGCUUCGAUGGACAUCCACAAUGUUCAUUUUUUUCCCUGAACAUUUUUUUUUCUUAGAUUUCUUGGUGCAGUCAUGACACAUUCAAUAAGAAUAGUUUUUUGUUGUAUUCUUCCCCUUGGACAAGGGAUGUAACUCUUAAACAGCGUUACAAAUUUAAACUUUUUUUGUUUUCUAAAAGGACUAAGCUGUAUUAGAGAUCUGAUCUAUUAGAGAUUUGUGUGUGCGUAUUUAUUAAUUUGACAGUAAAACUCCAAUAAAUAAAACAAGAGACUUGUAAAUGUCAAGCAUUUGAUUACUAGGACAUUUAAAUAUCCCAUUUCAGUUAUCUAGUUCCAUUAUCACAGUCAUGAUUGAAGGAAGGGUUGAGGGCAACAAUUUCACAUAAACAUGAACAAAAUCUUUUACAUUCUUUUCAGAUUUUUUUUUUUUUGGAAGCGUUCUUUAAACACUUGGCUUUAAAACAAAUGAACACCCAAAGACAUAUAUUUAGUGGAUCUGGAGUUUGCUUACGAAACAGAUCUGAAUCUCAAACGAUCUUAUCUUUUGAGGAGUUAUGGGAAUGGGAAAACUAAUUGAUUCAAUCAAUUCCAAAUUUGAGGAGAAAUACACUAUAGUCUAAAGCAGGGGUUCUCAAGCUGUGGGACGCGACCCCCUUGGGGGUCAUUGACGAUUUGACAGGGGUCGCCUGAGACCAUCGAAAAUUUGGACUGUUAUUGUCUAUUCUUCUAUUUCUAUAUGUGUGUGUGUGGGGUUGCGGAAGAGUGGGGGGGGGUCGUAAAAAGGGGUCGUCGAGCAUAAAAGGUUGAGAACUGCUGGUCUAAAGGGUAGAGCCUUUUAUUAUUUGUGGCUUCAGCUUGAUUUGUGGGAGAAAAAAAAAAAAUAGUAAAAUAAAGAAAUUUUAAAGAAAUC